AUGGGCAGCGCAGGGUCACCCGAUCUACUCACCGAAGGGCUGGUUCAAUACCGCAAGGCAGAUGAUCCCUCGUCCAUGAGGUCGCUGUUGGCGGUGGGAGAGAUAGCUGAUCUGAGAGUCCCAAAGAAACCCAGCGUCAUUCAUGUGCUUGCUGCUCCUGCCGGUGACUCCGGCGAGCUCCUGCGGCUGUCGCGAGUUGAGGAUUCACGAUGGGCUUGGGAUGAUGGGGAGCACGCACAGCUCAAUCUGUCUGUGGUUGAUCCUACCGAUCAGGACAGCGAAAACUUCUGGCAAAGCGACGGCCUUCCCAUCACUCAGAUGAGGUUCAUCUCAACCGUGGAUCCUCAGGUAGCCACGUUGCGAUGGCUCAUUGUCCAAAAAUCGACGUCGACGACGAUCCUCUGUCCUGAGUACAGCCAUGUCCCAAUAACGCAAACGAUCUCGCUUGAUUCGGACAGGAAAACGCUCUCAUGGAUUAAGCCAAAUCCUGUCGUUACUGUCGGCUAUGUUCAAACCGGUGGAAAUGCACAUGUGGACUUCGCCUACAAUCCUCCAGCCCUCGAUCGCAAGCCGCAGUUCUGUGUCAUGGACGAGUGCGGGUACUGGACUUUGUGGAAUGUUGAAGCUUUCACAAGAACAGGCAAGGCGAACAUGCGGUUAACACCGCAUCGAAAAGGCCACAUCUGGGAGGGCCCCCUGCGCCAAGUUCCUCAACGCAGCCUGUAUCCUGCACAGCAGCACGGUGUCCUGUUCGUGGGCGACGAGGACUCGUCGGGCUUUGUAGUUGAGGUUUUGCCAACGAAGAAGCCGUCAAGGCAUCUUCUACUGUGGAAUAGCCAGCUUCUGAGGACAGUGCACUUGGAGAGCGGUCAACAUCUUCCCGACAUUCCCGGCUUCACCACAGGUGACCGAGCCUUGGGAUCUAUACUAGACGUCCAGGCCAAUCCAAGCAACCAGAAUCACAUCUUCGCACUCACCACGAAAUAUCUCGUCUGGAUCAAUCUGUUCCCCACCACAGGCACAUCAAAGGAGAUGCCUCGGCUUCUUUUAAAGUGCCCGCACGACUGCCACAAGCCUGACUUACCGAAGAUGGCCAUCUGCGGCGUAGCCGAAGGCAGCCAUGCCGAAGCGAUGAUCUCCCUGACUAUUCCAAAAAGCAACACAUUACGCGUGCUUUGGUUCUUCAUGGAUGGCGAAAGUGGUCUUCCUUCGUGGCAUUCACAGCUCACAAUUCUCGCGGUGGGGAGUGGAGAUGCCUUUCAAGUGCAGCAACUUGCGCUCACACCAUCGAGGAUUACGGUCCAUCCUCAGGGUAGGAUGGGGCUGGGCCACAAAUAUCUCCAGGCUGGCGUGCAAUUCUACCAGGGCAUGAUGCUAGCUCGGGACCUGAGCGUCCGGUACUGCAUGUUUUACAUCUGCAACGAUCCAUCUCUGAUUGUUACACUGCCUGUCGAACGGCUAAACUGGAGCCGCACUGAUCAAAACAGACGUUGGAGAUUUAAACGUCUUCAGAUGUUCAAGUACAUGGGGGACGCUGUGGUCAUACCGGACUCGAUGACAGACGAAGCCAUGCUUUCGCUCGCACGUAUCUCGCAGAACACGCGCCACCGAAAGGGGGUAGAGCCAAAGACCGCACUUCAACCUCGAAAAUACGACCGAGACCACGACUGCGUUGCAAUGAGGGUCAAUCAUAUUCUGCCCUUCCUUGAAGAUGAAAUGCGCAGGGGCCUCGGUGGCGGCGGCGCAGGGUUGUCCAUGUCGCUGUUGCGCGGGAUCGGGGAGGCGCUACAGAGCGGGCUGGCUGACGGCCGCUUGAGUCUGAUGACCUGGAAAGAGAUAUCUGCAAAAGUACCGCCUUCUGACGAUGCCCAUGAGCUCCCUGCCGAGGAGAUGGAAGAGAAUAUAUCUGAGGUGCUUGGCCAUGCUGAGGAAAACACCAUCAUCACCCAACUCGAUCGAUGUCACCCCGACGAACCCGACAGGCCAGUCGGCAGUUUGCCCUUGCUUCAAAAGCAACUGACGUCUAUUUGGGUUGACCCACUCAGGGGUCACAUAUCCGAAGAUGACUUGAGGUUGAAGCAAGACCACGCACUGGAGUUGGCCAAAGACCUGUUCCUCUCUACUCAGGGCAUUGCCUUCCAAGAUGUCCCCCUGUUUGGGCUGCCAUCAGCAGACAAUCCAAUGGACAGCCAACAAAGCAUAUCCAGUGCCAUUGCCUUUGCUUCCUCUCAGCAGUCGUCCGCAGUCUCGGACUCUUCCGCGUUCAGCAGUGAUCCGGUUGCUCCUCCGCCAGCAGAUGACGCCUUCAAGCGGCUCGGUUUACUCGCACCAACAAUUCAACCAGGCAAAUUCGGGGCGGUGAAACCUGCGUCGGUCUUGUCCUUUUGGCCUACCGAACGUGGCAGUGACCUCAAGGACUACACAUCGUCUGUGGCACUGGCCACUGAGCGACAGUUUGACCCCGCAAGACAGAGACUGGCCAGCAGAGAGAGGAAGCGCAAAGCUACCGCGGAGAAAUACAAGAUGCCGCCCCUGAAACGCGGCGGAUCGCCGUUGAAAUACGCGACACCAGCGGGUGCCUCCAGUCAAGAGGCGCCGAGAUCCACGCAGGUGCCGAUCAGGCCAGGCAUGUCCAGCCAGGUUCCCGAGUCUAGCCAGAUGCCUCUGCGCCCAGCGCCGGCGACUUCGCAGGUUCGCAACAGCCGGCUCCUCGAGUCCUCCCAAAGUCAGCCACGGAUCGCGAUGAGUCAACCUCUGCCUGGAGCGUUUGGUGCAACUGGGAAGAAGCCGAAGAAGGUGGUGAAGAAGAAGAGAAGCGGUUUCCGCUAA